AUGCUCGAGCUCGAGGCUUCUUGUCUCACCCCCGAACCAGUGCUGAAGGCCUCCGGCCACGUCGAUAAGUUCUCAGAUCUUAUGGUAAAGGAUGCGGUGACGGGCACCUGUUACAGAGCCGAUCAUUUGCUGCGUGAUCAUCUUGUAUCUCUUCUCCAAGAUACGCAAAGCGACUUGACACAGGGUCAGCGGGAGGAGAUCGAGGCGCUCCGGGAGCGUUUGGACGAGCUCAGCCAGAAAGAGAUGGACGAAAUGUUGAGCAUGUAUGGUGCAAAAGCGCCAGAGACGAGCAAUGCCCUUACUCCAGCGUACCCAUUCAAUCUCAUGUUUGCAACACAGAUUGGACCUUCUGGGUUGCUACCUGGUUAUCUUCGUCCUGAAACCGCUCAGGGGAUCUUUGUCAACUUCAAACGACUUUUGGAAUACAUGGGCGGAAAGCUUCCAUUUGCCUGUGCGCAGAUCGGAUUAUCAUUCCGGAAUGAGAUCUCACCAAGGGCUGGCCUACUUCGUGUGCGCGAGUUCCAGCAAGCAGAAAUUGAGCAUUUUGUCAACGCAGAGGACAAGACACAUCCCAAGUUCGGAAACAUUCGCGAUGUGAAGAUAAACAUGUACGGGCGCUCUCAGCAGAUGCGACCCCCAUACAAGCCAAUUGUGACCAGUAUUGGAGCAGCUGUAGAUGAAGGCAUUAUUGCCAAUGAGACUCUCGGCUACUUCAUCGGGAGGACGGCGGUGUUAGUAGACAAAAUCGGCAUGAAGUGGGAGCACGUGCGUUUCCGACAGCACCUGGAGCACGAAAUGGCACACUAUGCUUCGGAUUGUUGGGAUCUUGAAAUCAACUGUUCUUAUGGCUGGGUAGAGUGCGCAGGUCUCGCUGAUCGAUCCGCAUUUGAUUUGGGCAAUCACUCAGAGAAGUCCGGGCAAGAGUUAACUGCCCGUGAGGUCUAUGCCGAACCGAGACAUAGGGAAGUACUUGCGGCUAUUCCAAACAAAGGGUUGCUGGGUCGCACAUUCAAGAAGGAUGCGCAGACUAUCAUGAAAUCUUUAGCAAGUAUGGAAGAAGCGGAGUUGCUUGCCCUGCAAGCGGCUCUGGCAAGCAAGGGAAAGGCUUCCGUUAUUGGGUUUGAGGUGACGAAAGAUCAAAUCACUUUUAAGGUUGAGAAGAGGACUGAAACUGGAAGAAAUUAUUAUCCCAGUGUGAUUGAGCCCUCGUUUGGGGUGGGGCGGCUCUUGUACUGUCUAUGGGAGCAUUGCUACUAUGUGCGCGAGGGUGGCGAAGGUGAAGAUGGGUCGGCAAUACGGGCUGUGCUGGGAUUGCGGCCGAGCAUGGCACCAGUGAAAUGCGCAGUACUCCCCCUUAGUAAGAACGCAUUGUUUGAGGACAUGGUCAAAGAAGUAGGCCAGUUGCUUGGGCGUGCGGGGUUAAUCAAUAGAGUGGACGACUCUGGCCAGAGUAUUGGGAGAAGAUAUGCACGUGCUGAUGAGAUUGGGACUCCGUUCGGUAUUACAGUGGACUUCAAGAGUACUGAAGAUCGAACAGUGACGGUGCGAGAAAGAGACUCGACGAAGCAAAUAAGAUGCACGAUCGAGAACGCGGUAGAGACAAUACGCGAGCUGGUGGCAGAAAGGAAAACAUGGGCACAAGUGUGUGACCAGUUUGGCGUGAUUGAGGAUGUGUGAGGGAUGAUGUUCUCACUAUGUCAGAAUAAUUGGUGCGAGGGACAGGAUGGGCUCAUUCUAUCGGGAUAGCCUUCGAACAUGCAAGGGUCAUAGAGAAAUCAUUAACUAAAAAUCUUGCGACUACAGGGUUCAAGUUCUUCGGUACGAAA